UUUUUUUCUUUUUAAAUGACUGCUUGGCUGGAGAGGUGUGUGCAGCUUGUAAACCACUGAUUCGCAGGAGGUGGGAGCAGAAUCACAGAUGCUUACACGUGGCUUGAAGUCACUUCUAUAAUAGCGGUGCUAGCGGUAAUUCACCUCGCAGGUCUCCUGCAUCUGGCUUUGCUGUGUUUUAAAUCGGGGUUUAAACUGCUUUCUGUUGCCUCUUUUCCCCUAGGCUGUAUAGUUCACUGCUGUCACUUCGCCGUCAGUAGUUUCAGUUAUUCUGAGUGGCGAGUGGCACUAGGUCCAAGUUAGGCUCAGAACAAGCUUGUCCCAUAGGUAACUGGAGCUAGAGCAGUGUUUGUUUUUGUUCUGUCUGGUACAGAUCAUUUACAAAUAAUACAGGGUAAUAUUUUACUGAUGAUUCUUAAAAGUAAGUUCUCAACUGGCAAAGUAUUUUUUUCUGUUUGAAAAUAGACGGAAUGUAUAGAUGUGGUUUCUUGGUGCUUUUUUCCCUGUUAAGUACACAGUGACUGGGUUCCUACUAUGAUGUAGGCAUAUUUCUUGUAAAUUGUGCGUGGACUCUUAAAAAAAAACAUAGGUUUUCAAACCCUAGCAAAUACACUUUGCUGCAAAUAGUAGUUGCUGCUGCCACAACUUUUUAAUUUAGCCUUUGCCCUCCCCCACACCCAGCUGCUCAUUUUUUAAAUUAGUGAAUGAAUUUUUGUUGUUUCAGGAUCACAACUGUAGAAUGUGUUUGUCUUAGGAUAAAGAGCUCUCACAAUGUGCUUUGUAUGUGUAUGUAUAUAUCUUAGAGUUUAGCUCAUUUUGAGAGUAAACAGGAUUUUUAUUUAAUUGUGUAUUGACUUUUUUUUUUCCAGGGAUCAUUGAAAAAUCCUUAGUGGUAUUGACAUGUCUCAAGUGACAUAAAUUAGCCAAUGACUCGGAAUGACGGAUUCUCCGAAGAUUGGAAAUGGUUUGCCAAUGAUUGGACCAGGGGCUGAUAUAGGGAUAUCUUCACUCCACAUGAAUUAUAAUCCAUCAAGCAUUUCAUCAGAUGGUUAUUGUCCUGCUUGUAAAGAGAAGGGAAAGUUAAAAGCCUUGAAGAUUUACCGAAUUAGUUUUCAAGAGUCUAUCUUUUUGUGUGAAGAUUUGCAGUGCAUCUAUCCUUUAGGCUCCAGAUCACUUAAUAAUUUAAUUUCCCCGGAUUCAGAAGGUUGUCACACUCCAAAUAAGGUUCACAAAAGAAAGCUCUUGGAGACCAGCUGUACCGAUUCACCUGUUCUAGCAGAUUCCAAAAAGACUAGACAUCAUAUUGUUGAUGAUGGACAGACAUUGGACAGCAGACCUAACAGAGAACUGUGUGAUGAAGCCUCACCACAGUGUUCUGGGGACAGUACUCGUCAGCAUCCAGUUGGGACAGCUCAUUCCUUGGCGCAGAAUGAGAUUCUGCAAGCUGGGAGUGUUGGCAUGGCUGUUGAAGAGCCUGCCACAGUUGAUGUCUCUGCAAGUGGGCAAACUUCCCCUCAGAAUGAAGGCGGCACAUCUCCACUGGAAAUGCCAUUAGAAAGCGAGGGUGUAUCAUUUGGCCGGACUUUGUAUGUCCAGUGGAAAAAUGCUCAUGCUCUCUGCUGGUUGGACUGUAUCCUUUCAGCCUUGGUGCACUUGGAAGGAUUAAAGAAUGCUGUGACUGAACUAUGUCCUAAGGAGGAUUCUGUUUUCUGGCAUUUGUUUACAAAAUAUAAUCAAGCAAAUAAGCUUCUGUAUGACACUCAGUUGGAUGGACUUAAAGGUGGAGAUUAUAAAAAGCUUCCUUCUGAAAGACUUGCACAGAUUGAGACCUGUCUGAAUGAAGUCAGAAAUCAAAUAUUUAGUAGACUGCAGCCUCUGCUUAAAUGCACAUUAGGUGACAUGGAAAGCCCUGUAUUUGCAUUUCCCCUGCUCUUAAAACUAGAGCCUGACAUUGAAAAGCUCUUCACAUAUUCUUUUUCCUGGGACUUUACAUGUGCCCAGUGUGGACACCAGUAUCAAAACAGGUGUGUGAAGAAUCUGGUCACUUUUACAAAUGUCAUCCCUGAAUGGCACCCACUGAAUGCUGCUCAUUUUGGUCCCUGUAACAAUUGCAACAAUAAAUCGCAAAUAAGGAAAAUGGUGUUAGAAAAAGCAUCUCCCAUAUUUAUGGUGCACUUCGUGGAAGGCUUACCACAGAAUGACUUGCAGCGCUAUGUAUUUCAUUUGGAAGGAUGUCUUUAUCAAAUAAAGUCUGUAAUCCAGUACCAAGCAAAUAAUCAUUUUAUUACAUGGAUUUUAGAUGCUGAUGGAAGUUGGCUGGAAUGUGACGACUUAAAAGGCCUCUGUUGCGAGAGACACGAGGAAUUUGAAGUUCCUGCUUCAGAGAUACAUAUUGUUAUUUGGGAAAGAAAAACAUCCCAGCUGGCAGAUCAAGAAGCUGCCCGCCUUCCCCUUGGGAAGCCUAAUGAUGAGCAUGCUUUUGGUGCUGAUCGGUCAUCUUCUGCAGCACUGGGUCCUAGGCAGGCAGCCUCCUCAGCGGGAACAGCCUCACUCACACACCCUGCGGGUGGAUCAGUUGCUCCUCACACUGGUCCACCAGAUGAAGCUGCGGCUCCUGGGGAUCAUUUCCUUCCAGGGCCAAAAAGUGUGGUUGCCAGCAAGGUUUUACCUUCAACAUCGAAAGAAGCUGUCCAGAAAAGUGUCACUGUUUUUCAAGUUAAGUCUCAAACUGUCCUAUUGGAAAAUGAACCUAACGCAAAUAAAACGGGAAUUGUCAAAACAGAUACUUUACAGACACAAGACUCACUAAUGGCUUCUUCAGUACCAGAACCGUGUAAAGAAAACCAAGUCCAAGGCCAGUUUGUAGGUUCAGGCUGUCCAUCUCAAGCUGUAAAUACAAAUGUGCCAUUGGUGCAGCUGAGUACAAGAGACACUGUUGGUGCGAAGGCUGUGGAUGGCAGUCACUCUGCUGGGCUUACACGGACAGAGAAAUCAGUAGAAGUGGAGAAUGCUCAGUUAAAACAAUUCCUUCCUCCCAAAUCUGAGCCGUCAAAACCAGAGCAGCAUGCUGCUCCAUCUCUGCUAUCUAAUCUGAACAAGAAAGAACCUGCAACAGAUUCCCAAACUGCAAUAGUGAAGCCACUACAGAAUCAGUCUGUAAAAGAGAAUCAGAAGAAACCAUUUGUGGGAAGUUGGGUUAAAGGCUUGUUAAGCAGAGGGGUUUCUUUUAUGCCACUCUGUGUUUCUGCUUACAAUAGAGACACUGAUUUGCAGCCUUCUGUAGUUGCAAGGGCAAACAGUGUGGACAACUUUAAAGCGAAAGGUAAAAAACCAAAGGCUAAGCAGGGAUCCAAGAAAACCCGGAAGCAUGCAGGCAAGCCACCUCUGGUCCCCAGUCUCCCGCCCACUGCUCCGCCAGCUAGUGUAGCCAUUCCUCCAGCUGCUGUUCCACUGCCCAGCACAGCUGCUGUUCCACCGCCCAGCACAGCUGCUGCUCCACCUAGCGCAGUGGCUCCUCCAGCCAGCACGGCUGCUCUUCCACCACCCGGCACAGCCGCUCCUCCAGCUUCUCUACCCCUUAGCACAGUGGUUUCACCACCCAACAUGGCUGCUCCUCCAGGUCCUCCACCCAGCAUGGCUGUUCCUCCAGGUCCUCCACCCACCAAGGCUGCUCCUCCAGGUCCUCCACCCACCAAGGCUGCUCAUCCAGCUUCUCUACCCCUUAGCACAGCGGUUUCACCACCCAGCAUGGCUGCUGCUCCUCCAGGUCCUCCACCCACCAUGGCUGCUCCUCCCAGUUCUCCACUCACCGCAGCCUCUCCUCCAUCUUCUCUACCCCUUAGCACAACUGUUUUACCACCCAACAUGGCUGCUGCUCCUCCAGGUCCUCCACCCAGCAUGGCUGCUUCUCCAGCUUCUCUGCCACCUACCACAGCCCCUUUACCUGCUAGUGUAGCUGCUCCGCCUGGGGGUGUGAGUGCUGCCUCGAUAGUUUUGAACAAGUCUGACAGCACCUCAUAUGGAGCUCAAUUCAGCCACGGUCCUCAUGGAAAUGAAACUUUUUCUUCAGCAAAAUAUGGAGAUUCAGUUGAAGGUCAGAUUCAUAAACUUCGACUAAAACUUCUUAAAAAACUGAAGGCCAAAAAGAGGAAGUUAGCUGCACUUAAGUCUUCCCCCCAAAAUGGAACACUUCCAGGAGGAAGUUCAGAACACAUAUCCCAGUGUGAGUCUCCAAAUUGCUGUGAAUCAUUAGAUGAUUUGUUAAAAGAGCUACAAUAUAACAUUGAUAUUGCAGAUAAUAAAUUGGGGUACUCUCCUGUUUUAUCCUACAACGGUCAAACUCAGGAAGAAAUUUUGGCAGAAAUAUUAUCUCCUACAAACACUGUUUCAACGGAGCUGUCGGACAAUGGGGAUGUUGACUUCAGAUAUUUGGAACUGGGAGAUGACUGUAUGCCGGCACCAGUACCUAGUGACUUAAACAGUACUUCCCAAAACACACUUCUCCAACAGGAACGUGAUUAUUGCAGCCCCAGCAGGAAGAAUGAGUGUGAAACUCAACCAGACUUAGCAACAAGUGAUGCCUGCAGUAAAACAUUAAGCUUUGAGAGUCCAAUGAAGACUGACAUUUUGGAUGAGUUUUUUUCCACAUCAACAUUAGAUUCAUUAGCCAAUGACACAUUAGACUUACCUCAUUUUGAUGAAUGCCUGUUUGAGAAUUUUUGAAUGCUUGAUUCUUUUAAUAUUUAUUCUUAUACUUACAAAAAAGACUUUCAGAUAGUGUGUUAUACACUGGCCUUAGGUAAUAACCAUGAACAAAAUGUAGACUUCCUUUUGGUUCUGCCUGUGAAGCAUGAAAUUUUUUUUUCUACAAAUUAAAAUUAUCAGGAAUAUGUUUUUGUUGUUAGUUUCAUUUUCUACUUACAGAAAGAUACGGAUCUCAAAAUGCUAAACAUGGGAAGUGUGUUUUGGUUUUCUGGCAACCUGAACAGUUGAGUGCACUACAUUUUCAAGUUUUAAAUUUUGGCUAUGUUGGUUCAGGAAAAACACUAUGCAGAUGUAAGUUGUUGUAUGCGAUGUAAGAAUGUGUGAUAGUUUUGUGUGCUGAUUCUCUGGUCUUAGAGCCUAAGCCUGUUUUUUGAUAGAGUGCUGUAAAGAUGGUACUGCUUUUUCUGUCCUCAGGAUGCCAGGAAACCUUACUGCUAGAAUGUUGAGGAAUGUUAUGUGAUUGGUAAAUGAGCUUUAACAAUAAGAAGUGUGUUUGUAUUGAUCCACCAAAAAAUAAUGUAUUAACCUCAAUUUUUUCCCUAAGACAUUUAUUCUUUUUGUGCAUACAAAUUGGGAAAUCAUAUACCAGUUCUAUUUAGGAAAAUAAGCAAAGCUUACCAGGCUUACUGUAUGAGUCUGUUGGGUUCUGUUACUUAUGAAAUGUUUAAAAAAAAAAAAGAAAGAAAUGUGGGUUGAUUUAAAUCCCAGUAUUU